GCACACCGUGGGCGUGGCCGUCUCCAGGGCAACGUGACGCGCUCCUGUAGCGGGUCUACACCGCUUGGUGCGCUCUGAGAUGCUUGGUUCAGUCUAGGCCAAGGUGUUUGUCUGCUGAGGGUGACUGGAGGUUUAAAGAGGAGAGACAUGGACGACGUUCGUUCCGUUGUCACUUUGGACUCCCAAGGCUCGAAAACAAUCAGCUCCAGAGGUCUGGAGGGGCGAAGUGGUCAGUCUCCUGACACUGAGAGCCAGGACUCCGUGAGGAGCUACACCUUCUUCUCCAGAAGGAACACUUCAGUGGACCCCAAGGAGGAUGAGGAGGAGUCUGAAAGCCCCCCGAGAGAGCCGGACCUGAAGGAGGCCUACAUCGAGCUCAUUCAAGGGGUUCAGGAGUGGCAGGACGGCUGUGUCUACAGAGGGGAGUUCGGACUCAACAUGAAGCUCGGAUAUGGCGAGUUCUCUUGGCCCACAGGCGAGACCUACCGAGGGCAGUUUUACAGGGACCACUGCCAUGGUGUGGGCACCUACAGAUGGCCGGAUGGCUCCAGCUUCACAGGCAUGUUUUACCUCAGCCAACGAGAAGGCUAUGGCACCAUGUUCACGAAAACGAAGUUAUUCCAGGGAUUGUAUAAAGAGGACCUACGGUUCGGGCCGGGCAUUGAGACCUACCCAGAUGGCAGUCAGGAUGUUGGACUGUGGUUCCGUGAGCACCUCCUCAAGCUGGGGACAGAGGUUCCCAACAGCUUCUCCUUGCUGAACUAUCCAGAAUUCUUAGACUUCCUCACAAGCUCAAGGGGGAGGAUCAGUCUCUCAGAUGAGGAGAAGGCGGAGUGGGGUCUUCCCGAGGAGCAGGACCCUUUCUUCUAUGAGUAUAAACGGUUUCUCCUGAAUGAUGACCUAACGCUACCUCCAGAGAUGCAUGUCUAUUCGACUGACAACGACCACCUGCCCAUGACAGGCUCCCUGCGCAGAGAGCUGGAUGACCGCAUCUUCAUGAAUGAGAUCCCUCCAUUCAUUGAGGAUGAAGAACCCUGGCUUAUAACAAAUGAGACUCCUUUGUUGGUCAAAAUCCAGAAACAAACUUACAGGUUCAGGAACAAGAGUGCUCAUACCAGCUGGAACAUAGCUGCCAUCCUGGAGGGCAACCGCAGCUGCUUUGGGCCCACUGGCCCUAAGGAGGAUAUCUCCAGGGAGAUGAUCCUGAAGGCUGAGGAAGGGGACUAUAACUGGAUUUUUGGAAUCCUGAGGGACAACCUCGCCUGUGCUGAUGUGGCCGACUCCAAGGGCUACACUGUGCUUGCUGCUGCUGCGGUCAAUUCUCACCGUGACAUUGUCAACCUUCUCCUGGAUUAUGGGGCUGAUGUGAACAAGCUCUCGGAUGAGGGCCUCUCGCCCCUCAACAUGUGCCUUCUCCACUAUUACCCCAGCAAAUUCUUCCAGCCCAACGUUGCUGAGAGGACCCUGCCCCAGGAACCUUCCAAAUCCAUCACCCACAAAAUUUCAUUCUUGUUUGGAGAGCAAAACAUGGAUUAUUUCUAUGAUUUGGGCAUGCCCACCCCACUUGGAGAGGACUAUAAGUCAUCACCACCCCUCUCAAGCAGCCUGGAUGAUGCCCUGGUCCUGGGUCCUGUACAAUCUCGAGAGUCCAUCAUCUGGAAGAGCAAUGUGGCUCACAAGCGAGACACCCCCUCAGUGAAGAGUCCCAGCAGUGAUGUAGAGAAAAAACCAGAGGACACGGCAGAAAAUGUGGAUGCCAGCACCGUGUACAGCAUUGACACAAACUUUGAUUCUAACGUGUGCAUGCGAAACUACUCUAUCCAUGUCUCGAAGGACAUCCUGGAGAAGAGUGCCCAGGCUUACAGCUCAUUGCUAAACAUCCCCUCCUGUUCGGACAAAGGGACUGUGAGGAAAAUGGCACAGACCAUGGCUGAACGUAGAAACCGCUGGCUGACCAUCAAGUUGCUGCUGCGUCGAGGUGCCGAUCCCAACCUGUGUCAAGUGCCCAUGCAGGCCCUGUUUUUUGCCGUGAAGGCCGGGGACGUGGAUGGGGUGCGGCUGUUGCUGGAGAGCGGGGCCCGGACCGAUAUCCAGUAUCCUCCACAGCUGAAGUCCCUGACUCCGCUCCACAUCGCAGCCUCACUUCCUGGGGAGGAGGGCGUCAUGAUCACGGAGCUGCUGCUCCACGUGGUGACUGACGUGGAUGCCAAGGCAGCCGACCAGGACUACGUCUACAAAACCGGCAAGAUUGACUUCCUGCCCUCAAGUCUGAAGCUCAACAACGAGCCAGGCCCACCCAGCAGCUACUACACGGAGAGCACAUUCAUCCCAGAGGAGGGCGGACGCACGGCUCUGCAUGUUGCCUGUGAGCGAGAGGACAACAAGAAGUGUGCCAGGGACAUAGUCCGGCUCCUUCUCUCACACAGAGCGAAUCCAAACAUGCUGUGGAGCGGCCACUCCCCGCUCUCCCUGUCCAUCGCCAGUGGGAAUGACCUGGUUGUGAAGGAACUCCUGUCUCAGGGAGCUGACCCCAACUUGCCUCUGACCAAAGGCUUGGGCACCGCCCUAUGUGUUGUGUGUGACCUGGCCUAUGAGCAGCAGAGGAGCAUCGAGAACAAGAUUGCCCUGAUUGACCGGCUCAUUAGCUACGGGGCUGAUGUCCUGAAACCCGUGGUGCUUACGCAAGGUGAAAGGACGGCAGUGGGGACGGCCGUGGACUAUGGCUACUUCAAAUUCUACCAGGACCGGAAGAUAGCCCACUGUCCCUUCCAUGCUCUGAUGCCCUCGGAGCGGGAGACGUUCUUAGCCCGGAAAAGGCUGCUAGAAUAUAUGGGUUUGCAAUUACGGCGUGCUGUCCUUAGCAAAGAGAGUCAGCUGGACGUAAAGGCCCUGUACCUGAGCAAGAGAGUAGAACUGUCCCCCAGCCACAGGCUGAAGAAGAGGACCUCCAGCCUGCCGAAGAGCUCAGCCGCAGAAAAGCAGCCCCUUGCCUUUUACAAGUUUUGCUACCAGUGUGGUCGCUCCAUUGGGGUCCGCCUCACACCCUGUCCCCGCUGCUAUGGGAUCCUGACCUGCAGCAAGUACUGCAAGACCAAGGCCUGGACUGACUUCCAUAAAAAGGACUGCAAUGACAUCAUGAUCAUGAGGAGGGUGACCAUCCCGCUCCUAACGGACCAAGAGCAGAUAUACAAGGCGCCCACCAGUGUCCAGCUCAAAAAGAACCUAAAGCAGAACAAGGUGUCCGAUAUGAGAUCUCGAAGCCGAACCAGGCGUCCACAAAGGCAGACAACCUACUGGACUGCUUGACACAAUGUUCCAUCUGCACUCACCAGUGAGCACCUGAUUGCCCAGCUCUCUCCACAGGGCUCUAUUGAGUCUCUACCUCACUCCAUGGCUGUCUAUCCUGGCCAAUUGAGGGGAGAGGACUAUAUACCCUCCCUCUCCCAGGGAGGAAUCUGGGCCACCUGGCAUCAGGGCUUCCCAGGACUUGCAAAGAGGCAGAAAGUGAGGAUGCGGUUGCCAUGCUGGGCCUGGGCACUGCAGAUACCCUUGGGUAGGAUCUAAUACCCAGCAGGAGCGUGACCUUUGGAGGAGCCUCCCUUCUGGGAGCUGUUUGGAGGUCUCCUUGGGAUUCAUGGCCAAGCAGCAUUUGUGGGGUGGGUUUUUCUGUUUCCUCGUGCUUGAAUCGUAACACUGUAAAUGUACUCGGGCAGCAAUGUGGGCCACAGCUCCCAGAUAAAGCAGACAUGCCACACCUGG